GUUUCAUCUUAAACCUGUAACGUUUACAGGACUGUCUCGUUUUGUCUGUUCAAAGUUCGUAUUUUCGGCUGAAUUAACUAAACAAAUUUCAAGAUGCCUGAAAAAGGCGAUGAGCCGUUUUCAAACCCAUUGCCUCCGAUGAUGGAACGGAGGAUGUCUGAAGACACUGAACCAGGAGGAUCACAGAUGACGAAUGAUGAUUUCCGUCGUCUGCUUAUGACACCACGUGCAACACCAGGUGAAGCACCACCAUCGUCCUUGUCGUCGUCUUCUUCAUCAAAGUCAAGGGAACACAAACCAAGCCUCCCCAGGGAAUACAAUGAAGAGGAUGAUCCAAGAGCUAAACGCAGAAAACGAAAAAUAUUCUAUGCCAAAUUGAAGAAGCAAGAAGCAGAGAGAGAAGCUGAGCUUGCCAAGAGAUACAGGGACAGAGCACGAGAGCGGCGUGAGGGAAAGACAGAUUACGAAGAAACAGAAAUUGUUAGUACCACUGCAAAUUAUCGCGCUGUUGCCCCAGAUGUACAGUCUGGUGACACUGCUGCUAAUCGGCGUAAACAAUUGAUUGAAGAGAGUAAAUACCUUGGUGGUGAUAUGGAACAUACUCAUUUGGUGAAGGGUCUGGAUUACGCCCUUUUGCAGAAGGUACGAGCUGAGAUUACACACAAAGAGAGAGAAGAGGAAGAAGUGAUGGAAGAGAGUUUCCAGAAUGCAACCAAGGAUGAAGCAAUGGAAUCAAAGGAGGUAAAGAAAGCUGUGGUUGAAGAUGAGCACAUUUCUUUCAAGACAAGAUUGGGUAAGAAUGUGUACCGUGUAUUAUUCAAGAAGCGGCCACCAGAACGUAAUGAGCUGUUUUUGCCCGGACGUAUGGCGUACAAAGUUGAACUUGACGAUGACUACGCAGAAAGUGAUAUCCCAACUACCGUGAUACGAAGCAAAGCCGACUGUCCGACUAUGGAGUCACAUACAACGCUUACUGCGAACGAUAUCGUGAUCAACAAACUGACUCAGAUCCUUUCAUAUCUGCGUCAAGGCCAACGGGGAAGAAAGAUGAAGAAGAAAGAAAAGGGAAAAUUGAAGGAAGAAAUGAAGGAGAAACUACCUGGACAUGAUGAUAACAUUUUCAAUGAUGUUUCGGAUUACGCCUUGUCGUUUGUGAAGCCAAAGACGAAGGAGGAGAGGCGAGAAAAAAGCAGCAAAAUGCGAGACCGCGGAGAACGUGGUGACGAUCGAGAUAUCAAAUCGAGAAGCUACUUUGAAAAGCCCCAAGAUCGAGAUGAGGGAAUGCAAGAUACAAGACCAAGUGGAUCUGGCAGGGAUCUUGUGCAAAAUAUCAUCAAAAAGUAUGGAAAUGCCAAGCCAACACCUGAGCCAGAGUCAAGAUUUGCUGGGACCUUCACAUCUGUUGACAAGAAAUCAGAGAGACAUGAUGAAAAGCGAGGGCGGGGCAAACAUAGAGGAGGUAAAUCAGAAGACCCUGGUGGAAGCUAUGCAGAAUGUUAUCCUGGGUUAAUGGAGAGCAUUGAUGCAUGUGAUGAUUCUGAUGAUGAAGCAGAUUACAGUAAGAUGGACUUGGGUAACAAGAAAGGACCGCUGAGCCGUUGGGACUUUGAGACCCAGGAUGAAUACAGUAGUUAUAUGAACAACAAAGAGGCCAUGCCAAAGGCUGCAUUCCAGUUUGGCUUGAAAAUGUCUGACGGACGGAAAACACGAAGAGUAGGAGGUCAAAAGAAUGAGAAGGCUGAACUUGACAAGGAAUGGAACAAGAUUCAACAGAUUAUUGCCAAAAGGAAGGCCACAGGCACUGGUGAUGGGAGUGGAGGAAAUUACAAAAAAUCCAAAGGAUAUUAACCUUAGCUGAGAGUUUAAUUAACCAUGUGGAAUUUUUGAAAUGAUUUAACCCUUUGUACCCUGCAUUAUUUACAUCUUGCGGCACCCUCACCCUCAGUUAUUUGGACAAAAUAUGCUCUUUUUUUAAUUACAACCAUUACCACCACCUCCUAUGCCUUGUACCGCUACCAUAGCCAUCCAUCAACCUGACACAAAACUAUCAUCACUACCACUGGCACUAGCACAAUCGUGAUCAGCCUAGGCCACACUUUCACUUUCCAAAUCACUUCCUGGAUAAUCAUCAUCAUCAAUAUUUUCUUGGGAGUCAUCAAGUAUCAAUCGUAAAGCAUCGUUGGUAUUUAUUGUCAAAUUAUUCAAUAUAAAUUUGUUUUUUCAAAAAAAAUCCACACGUACAAGGCUGUCAGAAUGACUUGCGAAUGAUGAUGUCACAAAAAUUACGCCAUAUUACUCAUACUGGUCAGGUGAUUACCCCGAAUAAGGUCACCUGACCCGCAAAGCCGGUAUACCGGUCUUUCAGGUUAUUGCAGCGUAAGCGCACGGCCGUUUUACCGGCCUUCCGGGUUCAAAGGGUUAAGAAUAAUGUCCAGUUAGAUAAUUUAAUAGUUAGUAGUAACAAUUUUAAUUUUUCUUUUUCAAGUACUGCAUGCUUUUAAGGAAAAAGUGCAAAUAAUUUUGGUUAAAGGUAGGAAAUAUUUUAAGAUCAAGAAAAUGAGUUCUCGUUACAUAGCAAAUAACACAAAUGAACAUGCUAGUGAGCCCAUUGCAACCUGGGACCUUCUUCUGUCUAUGCAGACAGCGUAGUACAGUAUGCAGAAUGCAUUCAGAAUGUCAAGUUCGACAUUAUAACACUCGGUAUAUAGUUAGCAAACUCCAUCCGGGACUCCAUCACACCUUAACUCUAAUUGGUUCAAUAUAAUGAAUACAUUACCUUUCUACUACAUGGCAACAAACAAGCACUAAACACCCUCAACUUUAAUUGGUCGGAAUAUGAUGAAUACAUUACUUUUCUACUACGUGGCAACAAACAACAUUUAGGCUACAUGUCACGACCCCUGAGCUGAUGUCCAUUCAGUAUUUAGACUGUAUAUAGCGGCAAUUGUUUGUUUAGUAAUUGUUCUCAGUUAGCACUGAUGAUGCCUGUAGGAAACAGUGGAAACAUAUGUUUGCAAAUAAAUGGUUUAUUUCAUUAAAA